AGAGCUAGAGGCGGAUUAAACCUUUUCUACACGGACACAAAAAACCCUUUCUCCCACUCUUAUCUGUUGCCGCUCUUCUGCUUCUCUAUUGUCGCUGUAAUUUCCAAAUCCAAAGGUUUUAUCAGAGAAAUGGCGUUGUCUUUGCACCUGUUCCCCGGCUUCGUCGCCGGCGGAAAACAGUCUUUUGCUAAGCCGUCGGCGCCGUCGUUUUCUGCUACUUUUGGUAACCGGCGCACUGUGCGAAUGUUGACGGUUGUUGCCUCUUCCGAGCAAGCUACGGAGACGAAGAAGCAAGCUGGCCGUGGAAUCAUGAAACCGCGCCGAGUCUCGCCGGAAAUGCAGGCUUUCCUCGGCGGCGUCUCUGAGAUUCCUCGCACUCAAGUGCUUAAGGAGAUUUGGGCGUACAUCAAAGAGAAUAACCUUCAGGAUCCUGCAAACAAAAAGGUCAUAGUGUGCGAUGAGAAGCUGAAGAAAAUUUUUGCUGGAAAGGAUCGUAUUGGGUUCCUUGAGAUUGCUGGCUUGAUUUCUCCUCACUUUCUUAAGUGAUUCGCUAUUGAGAAAGAAUGGCUUCUUUUUUUGUUUAUUUCUUUUGUAAAUGGAGUCUAUGGGAUUCUGCCUAGUCUAGAUUAAAAGCAUCUUUGGUAUGAAGAUAAUUAUUGUUAUAUGGAGGAGCUUAGCUAUAUCUUACGGAGUAACUUUUAAGAUUGAUGCUACAAUGUAGUCAGUUAUGACUAAAUUAUGUUACUUGAGAUGCCUCUGCUUAGUAUUUUAUGAAAAAUGUUCAGGCAAAAGUUAAUGUACGAUGCUUUACCCA